AUGAGGGCUGGCCUUCUCGAGGGCGGAAGUAACCGUUUCGCACUACCGGAAAAUGGUGUCGAUACCAACCUUCUCAGCCCACCACUGUCUGUCGGUCAUCUCGACACUCCUCCAUUCAGGCCUGCGGACUCAGAUCAAACGAGCCUAUCUAUGAAGAAUCGGCGCCGACGGAGAAGGUCUAGACGUCAUCGCGACGGCUUAGAUCGUGCCUCCACUGGAGACACCGAAGAGCAGCCGAUACAAGCACAUCGUACCCGCAAACGCCUGAACAGCACCUCUGUGCCAGAUCUGCGGCAGAAAUCGAGCUCUCAACCAGCUCUCUCGGCAGCAGGUCAGUUUUUGAUGAGGCAACAGUUGCAAGCUCUUCAUGUGGCGCGUCGUAAAGACUCAAUAGCGCGCUCGGUCGAAACCAAGCGUCGGGCAAGUCUUCCACAAAAGCCACGAAGGUGGACUAUGCCCUCCAAAGCUGCGUCCACAAGAGUCUUGUCCGAAUCUCCUGCGCCUGUGAUAAGUACCUAUCUUGUUGCCAGCCAAAGCUACCGGGAGAAUGCGCGUACUGCCAGCGGAAAGCCCAGCACAUCUCAUCCAAGCCUCCGGUCGUCGCCGCAAGCUGAGAACAACAGUGUAUCAACCAAUGUAGGUGAGACUCCCGCCAUGAUCACUCUUAGGCGGGCCUCAAAGAAAAGGACAUCAUCUUUAGGACGGAGAGCUUCUCUACGACCAAAUGCUAUCACUUCGUUUCCGCCUCCUAAGUUCAACAGAACUACUUCCACUUAUAUUUGUUCCUUCUUCGGCAUCAAUUCGCCACCGACCAGUUCCAAGAACGGAGAGCCUUCUCAGACGAGUGUUCGACAGUCCUCUCGGAGCACUGGCCCGAACCCAAUUGCCUCAUUGCGAAAAGCUUCAGUGACUGCGGACAAGGUCCAGCUCAUCGCCAACACGGUUGCGACUCCUGCAGUGACUCAAGUUGAGUUCCUUCCGUUAUUCCACUGUCGUGCUGACCAACAAGAGCUUCUGACCCGUUCAGCAAGACGAUGCUCCACAACCAUCGUUUCAGGAAGCAGCGUGCAUGAGAUAAUCUGGGAUGAACACGUCACAUCCUCAAGUGAAGACUCGACAUGUGCAUGUCUCUCACGGCAAACUUCUAACAGUCCCAAGAAAUCCGGAAGUCGUGAUUAUGGUCGAAGGCAAUCUGUCCUUGUGGAGAAGCUCGAAGCUCAGCUACGGGAUAACGGGCUACGGAGAGCAUCGCUUGGGUCUCAGAGUUCAAGUUCGAGCAGAAGGUCUACUGAGAGCGAUCAUCUGGGGAAAGCUACGCUUCGAAAAUUGACAGGAUGGUAUCUGGGGUCUCUGACACAAGCGAACGACCUCCAGGAGCACCGUCCUUCUAUUACCCCAAUGCCAGACCUCAGCCACGACAUGUCCACGACUGCUGAUGGGCUUUUUGAAACCCUUCAGGAAGAAGGACUAUCUGCUACCACUGAGCAUGUUGGCUUCUUCCCGCCUCUCGCAGGAUCCGCGGGCAAUGGCCAAAGAUCUAGCAUCUCUCGGGAGCAGUCUCCUCAUCCUGAAGCCAGCAAGAUAUUGGUAGAAGAGCCUUCUUCCAUGAUCAAAUUCGAUACUCCGGUCUUUUCAGAACGUGUCUCGAAGGAAAAGGGCAGAGCGCGGAAUUCUUCGAACCAGUUUUCUGAACCGCGAGGGCCAAGUCUCUACAGCAGGCCUGGUACGGCUAUCGGUAUCGGUAUGGGACAAAGCUCUCACAUGCGAAGGAGAUCGUCCGAGGCUUACAAGCCGAGUUUCAGUACUGGGUCUCUCAGAGUUUCGAGACAAAGAAGCUUUGAGCAUAUUGACACCGACGAAGUUACUUCUCUGCUCGCCAACAGAGACUGCUCUAGCGGAAUGGCUGCUCCAUCCCUGUUUGUGGAUGGUCAGAAUGCCUCGGGUCAACGAGCCGGUGAUACGACGAGGGAGAGGAAGAUGAGCGUCCAGGAUUUCGUGGAGAAGAUUGAGGGGAUGAGUCGGGGACAAUUGCAGCGAUCAGCUGCUCAAGAACUGGAAGACCCAGGGAAGGUGGGCCUGGUGAGGAGAGAUAGUCCGUGGGCUGUCAGGAGGAGGGUCAGUAAGGGAGCGGCGGACGCGAGUAUGAAUAAGGGGAAGGGCAAGGUGGUGAGUGAAGUUGGGGAGGAUGGUGGUUCUGCUUCGGGCUCUGGCUCCUGGUUGGGGUCCAUGAGGAUGAUGUCUGGUGAGGGGAGUGAAGUCUUUGUUUAA